AUGAAAAGAAUAUUCUCAAUCGGAAACAAUUCCCAUUCAAUGGGAUCUGUAUUCUUCACGUGGCAAAAGGGAAGCGCUUCCUAUUUGGUUACCACAGGUUUAGACAGUUUUGUUAAUGUUUACGAUCGACACGGCGAAAGAGUGGAUCAGGUCAAUCUUCCGGGAUAUUGCAAUGGCGUGGCCUGGGAUUCAGAGGGAGACCUAUUGGGUAUCAUAACAGACAGAUCUCCGUGUGUUGUCUUAUGGGACGCGAACACACAUCAAGUCCAACAGGUGGAUACCGGAGUGAGAGAUGUUUUAUCGCUGAUAUUAUGGUCCAAAACGUCAGCACCACUUCUGGCGGUCGGAACCACUAAAGGAAAUCUAUUGAUUUAUAACCACAGAACCGCUCGAAAACUUCCCAUUUAUGGCAAACACACUAAAAAGAUAGUGAGCGGCGCCUGGAGUGACAAUAACCUGUUGGCACUCGUAGGUGAGGAUCGGGUGCUCACAGUGAGCAACGAAGUGGGAGACAAUGUGGCCAUUAAUACACUGAAAGGAGACGGCGUUGCCGUUCAGUUCUCGUUCAUGAAGUUAGACGAUAGGCCACAGAAUAAUACACACCAGAACUGUGUUAGUCUUAUAAUCAACAAAAAACAACUAUUUUUACUCAAUUUAACGGAUUCUGAAAAUCCAAUUCAAUUGACAUUUCAAGAGAGAUAUGGUUUUAUUGUUGACUAUCAAUGGUUUGGUGACGGAAUGAUUUUGAUUGGAUUCACAUCUGGUAUAUUCAUUGUUGUCUCCACUUAUUAUAAAGAGAUCGGACAAGAGUUGAGCCAAUUUAAGGCACACAAAGAAUCGCUCACAACGUUUAGUGUUUGUCUAAAUAGUAAAAAACUCGUCUCUGCCUCAGAAAAUAAUUUAAAAGUUUGCGAUUUAAAUGACUUAAACGACAUCCAGUCGGUGAUGACCAUCGAUGACGAGCCGGCAAUCGAAUGGAUGGAGUGGUCAGAUGACGGCCAGUUAUUGGCGAUGGUGUCUCCUUCGGGAACAAUUCAUGUCUAUCUAUCAAAGCUGACAAUAUUAGGCGAUUCGUUCGGCACUCGACUGGCAUUCUUGUCAUCGCUACUGGAAGUGACGGUUUUCAACGUUCAGGAAGACCUGUCCGACUCAGUGGUGAUCCUCCGCAUAGACGUGGAGCCAUCGUUAGUGGCUGUCGGCCCCUAUCACGCGGCCGUCGCCAUGAAUAACAGGGUUUGGUUUUACAAUUUGACGGCCAGUGAGUCGACAGAACUUCUUCGAGAGCGCGAAUACGUGGGAAUCGUUAAGUGUCUGAAACUGAACGGCGAUUACGCGGCCGCUCUCUUCACUAAUGGUACCAUUCAUUUGCAUUUAAUUGAAAACGAACUCAAUUCCAGCGAUUAUGAAAGUCGUGAUCUCAAGUCGUUUCCUGACGGCGCCGGAAGCGCUGUCGGCAACGGAAAAAUAACGACACUUUGUUUGACUAACGACUUCCUAAUCUUCGCCACCGAUUUGGGAUCAAUUGAGUUCUUUAUGUUAGAGGACUGGGCUAUGGUUGGGGUCUAUCGGCACACGACUGGCAUUAAAAUGAUUUCAGCCAAUGUUAACGGCAUUCGUGUCGCUAUUAUUGACGACCGAAACGAUGCGUUCAUUUAUAAUUCAGUGACUGAUGUAAUGACACAAUUAUCCCAAAACGACUUCCCAACCAAUCCUCGCACUAUUCUAUGGGAGAGUUGGCCUUUAGAUAAGGGAGUGUUCAUCGCAUGCGACCAAAAGUUUGUGUAUGUUUUCAUACAUAUCAGGGAUACGAUUGAAGGGCCGACUGUUGAAUACGUGGGCAAAAUGAAGAUCCCUUCGGGACAAUACCCGCUACUACUCUAUAACGGAGUGGUUGUCUGUCAGACCCAAAGCGGCAAAACAUCCAAUUUUGUUCUCCUGACCCAUGAUUUUGGCGACAAAAUGAAUGACAAAACUAGACUCAAGACAGAACUUCUUCGCGAUAUAUUGAAACUCCGCAGAUAUCAGGACUCGUGGAAGAUAUGCGAAUACCUGGACGACAGCGAGGCGUGGGAUGAGUUCGGGAAGGCGGCCAUCAAUGACAUGGAUAUUGAGUUAGCCGUAAGAAUAUAUAGACAUAUUCAACACUCGGGUUUUGUCACUACAUUAGAAAAGCUUAAAUCAAUCGACGAACGGAAUCUAUUGGCCGGUCAUUUAGCCAACUGUUCCAAUCAAUACGAUUUGGCGCAGACCUUGUAUUUGUCGUCAUCGCAACCGUUGGAAGCGUUAGAAAUGAGACAGAAUUUGUUGCAAUGGAGCGAAGCGCUAACUUUGGCCAAACGGUUGGCACCGAAUCAGAUCCCAAUCAUAUCGCGUGAAUAUGGCGUCCAAUUGGAGUUCACGGGAGACUAUGCGAGUGCUCUCGAAAACUACGAAAAGGGUUUGAUUGUCGACCAGAAUAGCGAAUCCAAACCACUCAACGUUGAUAUCGAGAGUCACAACGAGUUAUGUAAAGCAGGAAUCGCUCGAAACGCCAUUCGUUGCGGUAAUACUCGGCGUGGGAUUGAAUUCGCGUCACAACUCGUGCACAACAACACACUUCUGGAAGAAUGCGCCACAAUAUUGGACUCAAUGAAACUGUAUUCGGACGCAGCGAUGCUCUACGAGAAGAGUGGCAACAGUGAAAAGGCCGCCAAUCUCUAUAUGAAAGUGAAAAACUUCAAUAAAGUAUCGGAUCUAUUGGGAAAAGUGGACAAUAAAGAGCUUCAAAGCCAAUUCGCGAAAGCGAAGGAAAUGGAGGGGAAAUAUAGAGAAGCGGUUAAGGCUUACAUUAAAGCGGAGGAAUGGCUGAAUGUUGUGCGCCUGUAUUUAGAUUAUCUCAAUAAUCCGGGCGAAGCCGUGAAGAUUGUUAGGGAAAGCAAAUCAAUAGAAGGCGCAAAAAUGAUCGCAAAGUUUUUCCAGAAGUUAAAUGACAUGAGUUCUGCCAUCGAGUUCCUGGUUAUGUCCAAAUGUCACGACGAGGCCUACCGUUUGGCGCAAUCCACGAACCAAAUGGACAUUUAUGCCAAUAUAUUACUCGAUUAUACGGAUAACAGUGAGUUGUCUCAGGAUUUCUUAAGCAUUGCCAUACAUUACGAACAGGAAAGGGAUGCUCUGAGAGCCGGAAAGUUCUAUUGCAUCGCCGGUCAGAAGAAAAAAGGCGUCAAAUUCCUGUUACAGGCGUCCGCCCUCUCCAACGAAGACCAGAACCAGGCCUUACAGUUGGCCAUUGAAUCGGCCGCCACUUCCAGAGACGAACAGAUCAUACGAAUGAUUAUCGAUUACUUGAUUGGAGAGACCGAUGGCGUCCCCAAAGAUUUCAAAUACCUGUUCAGACUUUAUAUGUCUCUUAAGUACUACAAAGAGGCCGCGAAGACAGCACUUAUCAUCGCCAGAGAGGAACAGAAUGCCGGCAAUUAUCGUAACGCUCACGACUUGCUCUUCGGUAUGUGUCAGGAAUUGAAGCGACAGUCAAUUGCCGUUCCCUCAGAGAUGGUCAACAGCUUAAUGCUUAUUCACUCCUAUAUACUAAUCAAGUUAUGGAUACGAGUGGGGGAUCACAUGAGGAGCGCUAAACUGUUAAUUAGAGUGGCAAACAAUUUGAGUCGAUUCCCAGAGCAUAUCGUUCCGAUACUGACUUCGGCGGUAAUUGAGUGUCAAAGAGCUGGUCUGAAGAAGGAAUCGUUAGAGUUUGCGACAACACUAAUGAAAAGCGAAUACAGAGAACAGAUUGAUAUCAAGUUCAAGAAGAAGAUCGAAACACUGGUUCGUAAGUCAGGCGGUGUUCACAAGAGUGGAGAGCAAUCAGACAAUGACGUGACACAUACUCCCUGUCCUUAUUGUGAUAACGAUGUCGUCGAUACAGAACUCUCUUGUCAUAAGUGUCGCAAUUCUAUACCUUUUUGUAUCGCAACCGGAAUUCAUAUCAUUAAAGAUGAUCUAACGGUUUGUCCGAAUUGUCACUUUCCGGCCAUUUUAAGUCAAUUCUCAAGACUUAUGUCAAGCGAACCGAUGUGUCCGAUGUGUAACACAGCCGUCGAUUCGACACAAAUUGUCAAAUUAGAAGACAUUCAAUCCAUUGUGGAUCUCAACUAA